GGUCCCAUUGUGAAUAUAGUCGACAGCGCCAUGCCAAACCCUCAAGUGGAAGAUCUGAGUGUCACUUUGGAAAGGAAGCCGAUUUUGCCGAAGCCCCCAGCCUUCAUUAGCUACAACAUGGUGCACAAGCUGGAGUGCAAGCAGAAGCGCGAAAUAACUGUGCCCGUUCCAACCGCACCGGGGACAGCGACGGCCGGCGGCGAGCCGCAGCCGCCGAAAUGCCAGUGGCAGUCGCCCAGCAUGCUGAUCGUGUUCGAUGGGGGAGAUCUGAACAGCGCCCGGCACCAUCUGCUGAGCUCGCUGCAAGAUCCGUUCCGCAAGCACGCGGUGGCCACGGUGCUCAUCCAGGAGAGCGUGCGCGAAGUGUUCAACGAGCUGCUGAUCGGGAGCAUGAAGCCGCUCGACCCGAAGAUCUACAAUCAUCCCAACUACGUGCGCUCCAAGGCCAAGCUGGCGCAGUGCAAGGCCGAGACGAUUGUCGGUGACCCGAAGGUGGUGCCGGCGCAUGCCUCGCCCACAUUGGUGUGCGAUCUGACGGACAAUUUCCUGGGCGAUGAGCCCACUGGCAUCAUCACCAUGCACACAUUCCGCACGCCCAGGGACGCCACGCAGGUGCUCCAGAAGGAGACGAUCAAGUACAGCUUCGUCAGCAUCUGGAACGAGAAGGUGGCCAGCGCCUACGAGAUCUGCGCCCUGCUCAAAAACGAGAUCUUCAUGAUCAAUUGCUUCAACGUCGACCUGACGCCCAUCCUGCCCAAGGGCGAUAACUUCACCACCGAUGUGAAAAUCGAUAAGGGCUACCAUUACGAGCGCCUCACCAUCAAUCAGAAGCGCAAGAUCAUUGUCUUUGCAGUGGGCACGAUCUUUGCCAAUUGAAAUGCCAUCCAAAUACUCCAGCAUGUAUAUACAU